UGAUGGUUGAGGGCAGCAUAUUUGUUGUUUGGCAACAAGAUGCUUGAUUGAUUGUUUGAUUGAUGGAUAGGCUCAAAUGUGGGCUAGGGCCAAGUACUGAGUGAAGUGGAUGCAAUGGGGUGUGGAGGGUCAAAAUCACAAACGCAGCAAGUCAUACCUUCACAAGUUUCUAAGAGCAAUGUCUUGAAUAUUCAGGGAUAUAGACAGGGUUCAUCAAAGAGUACAGGUAAUAAACGAAAGGAAUCAAGAAAUGAUGAAAGAAGUGCACAUAGCAGAAGGAGCAAAGAAAAUCACCUUGAUGUAAAAGAGACACCAAUUCAGACCUCUGAGCUUGAACCAGAAGACAAGAAAGUGAUCAGGUCACAGGAUGUUGAUAAAGGGAAGGAAUCGAAGGAUGUAACACCAGAGGGUAGUGCUGAGCCUUGUACAGAGAAAACUGGAUCAACUAAUGCAGGGGAAGAUGAAGUAACACCUGUGCAGGUGUUUAAUGAUGAAACACCUAAUAAAGAUAUAAACAACAAUCUUUUUCAAGAAUCACAACCAGAGCAGGAAAAGCCAUUAUCAAAGCCAGGUGAUAAUGAGGAACUCAAAGAAGUCACACAGAAUGAAGAUACUACCAAAGACACAGAUUCUCAAAAUUGUCUACAUGAUGUUGAAACCUACCAAGCUAGUGUUAAGGACGAAGCUCCUGAUGAUGCAAAUAGUGAGGUAAGCUCGGUCACUGCCACAGCAAUUGGUGGUGUUGUUGAGAUUAUUGCUGAUGUGGAGAUUGCCACAACAGCAUCAAACCUUAUGGAUGAAAUCACUGAAGACACAAGUGAAGAGAUGAAAUCCAGUGAACUCAAUGUUGAUGUCUUCCCUGUUCAGAUUAUCCACAUACAAGAUCAGGGAAUACAUGAAGAGACUAGCACACAGAAUGAAAAACCUGUUAAAAUGAAAGACAAUGUACUUCAAGCACAAAGAGGAUCCAAGGAAGCUCUUCAAAUUGAACAUCAUGAAGAAGAGAUGAAUCCGGUUGAUCAAGUUGAUCUGGAGAGUUUUAAUGCGUUAACAUCUACAGUUCCUGAUGACAGCAAUGAAGCAGAAUUAUUGACAGUGACUGGUGUUGCUUCAUCACCCAAAAUUAGUGGUGAAAUUCCAAUCCAAGUGAAUGGUGAUCUUGGUGAAGCCCCUCCAACUUUCAUUGAUGUUUCCACUGAAGAAGCGCCCUCACAGGAACCAAGAGAUACAGACGAUCAGAUUAAAUUCAAUCAGGCGAUCAGGGCUUUCUGUAGGCUUGUUGAUCCAGAUGCUCUAAAAGCAAUAGCAACUCCCAAAAUAACUGAACUUUGUCUUGAGCGGGCACUUCCAUGCAGUAUUGAUAUCUUUACACAUAUUCUGGCUAACAUUGGUAAAUUGAAGGUACUGGAUCUAUCAGGAAACCAUAUUGGGCCUCAAUCAUUCCGUGCUAUUGUUCUAGCUUUGUUGAACAACAAGACACUUAAGUCACUGAAUCUGUCUAAUAACAAAACAGAUACACAAUGCUCAGAGUGUCUUGGAAUGAUGUUGGCAAAGAAUGAUACAUUAGAGGAAUUAGAUCUCUCCAGUAACCAAUUAGGGAGAGACUUCUUCUCUAGAAGUGUUGGUCCAGCCAUGGCUUUAAAUUCAACAUUAAAAGUUUUAAGGUGCGCUAGCUGUGGAUUUGCUGAUUUAUCCCUGCUGAUUGAUAGCUUGUCGACAAACAGCUCACUUGUUGAAUUGGACAUCAGCCAUAAUCACAUGGUUGAUGGAACAGAAUUUGGAGAAAAGCUUGCAGUGAUGAUAUCUAAUUCCUUAAGCAUAAGUAUCUUAAAUGUAAAAGCUACAAACAUCAGUGCAGAAGGGAUGCAGGAAGUGCAGAAGUCAUUAGAAGUCAACACCGCCCUCACCAAACUUAAUAUCGGUGGAAAUCAGAUGUUUCACUGCUGUGCCUUGCUUCAUUUUUUGAUUACUAGUAUUCACCAUGCCGGCCUAAAAGAUCUCAGUUUAGAGGAUACAACUUAUAAGAAUGUUGAUAAUGUAUUUGAUGAUGUAACAACAAAUCAAGUUGGAAAAUCUAAUCUCAUGAACUUGAAUCUGUCUAACUGUGGGCUAGUUGACUUCAUGGUCCAGACUUUAGUUGGUUCGAUGCCUGGAUGCUUAAGCGGUUUGAAAUUGUUGAAUGUUGCUAAUAAUAGUGAACUAACAUCAGAGCGUAUUAAAGGAUUUGCUCGGUUAACUUCAGAUGAUAGUGGUAAAAGCAAUCUGGAUCAACUCAUCUAUGGAGUAAAUGAAUCGGAAAAUCUACCAUUCGCUUUGUCCCAUUUCCAUUGUUUGUCGAGCCUAGAUGUAAGGAAAUGUCAGAUCUCAACCUCCAAUCUGGUCCAGUUGGCAUUUUUCCUGAACAAGCCAGAUGGCAUCUCUUCGCUGUGUCUUGAUGGACAAAAGCUGUCUGGUUCUGAUGUACUCCAGGUCAUCUUGUCUUGUGGUCAAGAUAGCAGCUUAGAGUCACUGUCUCUGAUUGGCUGUGCUCUGAAUGAUGAUGACAUAGCGCCAAUCACAUUAGCUCUUAGGGCAGGUCUGGGGUUGAAAUCACUCAAGCUGGCAGCCAAUAGGAUUACAGACAGAAGUAUUGGAGAAUUUGUAGAAUCCUGCGUGUCACAAGAGAUAUGUACCAUAGAAUAUGUUAAUAUAGCUAAUAACAAGAUUUCUUGUGAAGGAGCAUCUCAUAUUUCUAGACUCCUCUCCAGUUGUUCCGCAUUGCAUACACUCCUCGUAUCCAACAACAGCAUUGGUGCUGAUGGUCUCAGGGCUAUAGUUGGAUCUGUGAAACCUGAUUCCUCAUUAAGACUGCUGGACCUAAAAGGCCAGGCUAAUCCAAUAGAUGAAGAGGAUAUGGAGGAGAUUCUCACAGUACUUACUCAAGCAUUAGGUUAUACACUCGAGAAAAAUGAGUAUGGUCUAGUGUCGAUGGCAACCAAUUCCUUAGUUACUGUCCAUCAAGAUCUGACAGUGUUGCUAACUAACUUGGGUGGCUUGACGGGUGAGAUGGGUCGAGCCAUUGAGAGUUCCAUUGUAAGAACGGAUUACAGUAAAGUUUAUUGGCCACACUUGGGCUUGGAGGAAAUGUUAGUACUAGGUUCGAUCUUGAAGGGUCAUUCACCCUCAACAUCAGAAAAAGUUAGCCUAACAGCAAAAGAAUGGAAUCUGAUUAUUGGUGAAGGGAAAGACCCAUGUGUCCCUUCCUGGCUGCAGGUUGACUCGCAUAGGGAUUGUGCAGUUUACUUGGCGGGUCUUCCAGCCAGUGUGUCAGCCAAUAGGAUUGAAGGAGACCUAGAUGGUGAAGCUGAUUGUGUUAUCACUGAAGUGUGCAUUAUGAAGGAUCCAAUUUUAAAAAAACCAAAUGGAUUAUGCUGGGUACUAAUGUCUGAUGCAGAUUCUGUAGAUAAAGCAGUCAAACUAUAUGAAUCAGGAGAGGCCCGCUUAUUUAACCAACCCUACAUGAUUUCCAGACUAAAUGUAGCAAUUGUUGAUGGAGACACAGCAGCAAUAGGGGAUAAAGCACAAGAAGAGAUGGAGCGAAGGUCAAAGCAGAUGGAGCGAAGGUCAAAGCAGCGUGAUGCUGAAGACCAAGAGCAUCGCGCUCUUCUUGAAACAAGUUUUGCGGCAUCGAAAGCAAGACACGAAUAUGCUGCAGCGAACCCGGCCUAUGCUGACGGCAGAAUAUGGUGAUGGACUGAAGGGUCAAAGUUUAAUUAUAUUCAUCACAUUAACUCAAUAAUCCAUCAUUAUCCAUUCAUUAUUAUCUCCUUAAUUUUCACCAUUUCAUUAAUCCUAUCGUAUUUCAUUAUUCCCAAUUAUCUCUAUUUUGUCAUCUUUAUCUACAUCAUCCUCAUCAUUAGGCAAAACUUUUUUUAUACCUUGUCUAGCAAACCCGCUGACUGCAAAUAUUGAUGAUUUCAAAUAAAAAUAAAAUUUUUAUUUGACCAAUUAGCGCACCCGUAGCCAUGAAAAAGUGGAAAUUUUAGAAAAAAAUAAAGGUUUUUCUUUAUUUUUAUUACGUCCUCUGCUGCCUUGUAAUCUGCCAAGAUAAGAUAUGUAUGUUUCUUCCUAAUUAUAUAAAUUUGAAGCAUUUAACCAUCCCAUUUUACAUUCACCAAUAACAUUUUAUUGUUUAAUGUGAUGUCACAUGAUCACAUGUAGCAUAAUAAUAUGUACUCACAAAAACGCGGUGUAUAUCUGUGUUUACCUGCACACUUGCUAUUUUUAACAUCCAUGGGCUUCUCAACAUGUUUGUUAAUGGACAGAAAAAACGAAAGUGGACAACAACCAAAUCUUACAAUAUAAGUUAUCAUAUUAAAGCAAGAUGUUCCUAGGAUUUAUAAAUCCUCUCAAAACCAUUGAUUUUCAAUUCUACUUGAAGUGUAAUAACGUGUUGAUAUAUAGGCCUAAAAUAAGUAUAUAUUUCUUAUGGUAUCUAUUAAUACAGUAUUAUAAGACUUCCAUUACAUUUGUAAUAUUUGCCAAAUAAUAUUUAUUGACUUUCGUUUUGUAAUUGAUUGGUGCUGUGAAUAUGCAAUUGCAGUGGGAUUGUGGAAUUGAUAAAUUAAAUAUAUUUAUUAUA